AUGUCGUCGUCCGGCAGCGCCAAGAGACCCAACUUCCUCGUCGUCGUCGCAGACGACCUCGGCUUCAGCGACUGCGGCUGCUUUGGCUCCGAGAUCCAGACACCCAACAUCGAUGCCCUCGCCGCGGAGGCCAUACGCUUCAACAACUACCAUGUAGCUGCCGCGUGUUCGCCCACACGGUCCAUGCUCAUGACAGGGACCGACCACCACAUCGCCGGUCUAGGACAGCUGCAGGAGAUCACACGCAACUCACCAGCACACGCACACGCGCCCGGUCACGAAGGCUAUCUCAACGAGCGCGUCGUGGCGCUCCCAGAGCUACUGUCCGAGGGUGGCUACCUGACCCUCAUGUCCGGCAAGUGGCAUCUCGGGUUGAAGCCGGAACAUCAUCCCAUCGCUCGGGGUUUCCAAAGAUCGUACGCACUGCUGCCCGGCUGCGCCAAUCACUAUGCCUAUGAGCCCCAGUAUGAUGAUCCGACGACGGAGCCGGAAAAGUUCUUUGAGACGGCGACCCGGGCACUCCAUGUCGAAGACGACCAUUACCUGCCGCGGUUGCCCGACGGCUGGUAUAGUAGCGACGCCUACGCCGACAAGAUGAUCUCGUACCUGGAGGAGCGUGAUGAGAAGGCCAAGUCCAAACCCUUCUUCGCCUACCUCCCUUUCACUGCGCCUCACUGGCCUAUGCAGGCGCCCAAGGACGUCUGCGAUAAGUACCGCGGUCGGUACGAUGCCGGUCCGGAUGCACUUCGACUGGAGAGGCUAGAGAGCCUCCAGAAACUCGGUAUGGUCGAGCCAGGCGUCAAGCCCCACCCGAUGGUCAUGACAGAUGGGACCACUGAGAAUUGGAACGAGCUCCCCGAGGAGAUCCGGCAAGCUUCCUGUCGCGCCAUGGAGGUGUACGCCGGUAUGGUCGACCGCAUGGACUGGAACAUUGGUCGCGUGCUAGACCACCUCAAGGCCACUGGGGAGUACGACAACACCUUCAUCCUCUUUAUGAGUGACAAUGGCGCCGAAGGAGCCAGCUAUGAGGCACAGCCAAUCGUGGGCGACAGUAUCCAGGCACAUGUCCACAAGUACUAUGACAACAGUCUCGACAACAUCGGAAGGGGAAACAGCUUCGUGUGGUAUGGGUGUCGCUGGGCUCAGGCCGCCACCGCACCGUCCCGCUUGUUCAAGAUGCACUCCACAGAGGGCGGGUGCCGGGUGCCCUUGGUGGUCAAACCUCCCAUGGGAGCAAAGGGAAGCGCGGGGGUGAUCACAGAUGCCUUUUGCAGUGUCAUGGACGUUGUGCCAACAAUAUUGGAUCUCGCACAGGUGAAGCAUCCCGGUACGGAAUACAAGGGGCGCCAGAUCGCACCCGUCAGAGGGCGUAGCUGGGUCAAAUUCAUGUCCCUGCUCAACGACACGGCAGGAGCCGAGAAGCCUAGCGUCCACGGUCCAAACUAUGUCAUGGGCUUCGAGUGCGCAGGAUCCGGCGCGCUGAGAAGGGGCGACUGGAAAAUCACCUUUGUGCCGGCGCCCAGGGGGCCCCAGCGAUGGGAGCUCUUCAACAUUCAGGACGAUCCAGGCGAGACAAACGACCUGUGCCAUGAACACCCCCAAGAGUUCGACGAGAUGAUGCAGCUCUGGAAGGAGUACAAGGAGGACGUCGGUGUUGUCGGUGUCGCCGGCGAGUAUCCUGCCCCGGACGUGGGCAGCCAACACGCCCUGCUCGACGAGAUGGAAGACCCAUAUGCCUGGAUAAAGUACAUUGGCCGACCCGAAAUCACCCCAGAACACUUGAAGACAGCGGUGCCACCAGCAUGA